AUGGCUGACAAAUUUACUGAGUUUGCUGGUCGGAUGGGAAAAGCUCCUAAAGGGGUUGGAACAGGGCUCAAACUCCUUGCUGCAGCUGCAGCAGUUGCUUAUGGAGUCAAGGAAUCGAUUUAUACAGGUAAUCUUCUUUAUGUGUUCGGUGCCCAAGUUUCUAUGAAGAGUUCAUAUUGCUUUUGCAUGAUGCAAGAUAGAUGUGAUAUUUAAGCUUAUAUAUUUCUUAGCCGAUUGUCUGACAGUUCCUAGCAAAAGUGUUAAGAUCCGCUCGUAAUUCAAGGGUCUGAGAUCCUUCUUCACCGUCUAAGCUUAUUGAAAGUUAUUUGCUUCAACAGUUUAGUGGUGACUAUUAAUUUGAGGUACGGUAUAGCCUUAUCAAAUUCAGGGUGCAAAGAAAGUCAAUUUUACAGCUUACCACUCGGGCAAGCUGUGGCUAGCAUUUACUAGCCCAAAAUUCAUUUCACCUAGCCCCAAAAACGUUUGGAUGAGCAGGAUUGAUUACAUACUUCUUAUGUAAUUUGAACUCCUCAAAAAACUUCACUUGCCCAUCGGGCAAGUUGUUAAGAAGAGAAUUCACUAGCCCGGUAGCAAAAUCCACUAGUCCCGGGCUACUGGACACUACUUUCUUUGCACACUGAAAUUGUAGAGUACACUGAAUUGAACAGUGCAGGUUUUCUUCAAUUUCACUGCAUGUUUUGGCCAAGAAUGUACCAGCUCACCCUCUUUCUGUUUCAUGGUGUAUUUCAUAGUUGAUGGGGGACACAGGGCAAUUAUCUUUAGCAGAAUUGGAGGCAUACAGGACAACAUUUAUACUGAGGGUCUUCACUUCAGGUACAGUACUGCAUGAUCAAACUUAUUGACCUACUGUCACAAUGAAAACAUUACAUGUGUNGGACACAGGGCAAUUAUCUUUAGCAGAAUUGGAGGCAUACAGGACAACAUUUAUACUGAGGGUCUUCACUUCAGGUACAGUACUGCAUGAUCAAACUUAUUGACCUACUGUCACAAUGAAAACAUUACAUGUGUGUGUGUGAUGCAUUCCUUUUUAUCAGAGAUGAGUAUCAGAGAUGUGUCUCAGCCUGAGAAAACAGCUGACAUUUGGCGACGCUACCACUGGUUUCCCUGCCAAACGACAUCUGAGAAACAAGCGCAGAAAUUUCUUACUGAUGACACGUCACUACCCAGAUCUGGGUAGUGCUUCUGAUUGUUUGUGACGCGUGCGAAAUUUGAUUCAACCAAUCAGAAAAAUCCGAGCUAAAGCACAGGAAAAAUCACAAGUCACUUUUAUCUGGGAGAUUUGGUGACCCUUACAGGAGACUGGGAGAUUUGUGCCAAACCUAGGAAACCUGACCACACAUCACUGUAUGCCAAAUUGAUUCUGCAUGUCUGUGAAUGAAACUAGAAAUUCCAGUCAAGUAUACUCAGAAUAGACAUACAGUAGUUUACACAUUAUUUUGAUUGUUGCAGUCAUCCAAAGAAAUAAUAUUGUGAAUUUCCCACAGCACACAGAACACAUUGCAUAAUUACAUGUACAUGUAUUACAUGAUAUUUUUUCUUUUGUUAGGAUUCCAUGGUUCCAGUACCCUAUAAUUUAUGACAUUAGGUCCAAACCAAGGAAGAUUGUUUCUCCAACUGGAAGUAAAGGUACAGGUGUUAAGAAAUUAAAUCUUUGCCUUUUUACAUGUACUCCUAAUCUUUUCACAGUUGUUCCUUAGCAUACAUCUAAAACAGUCCUACAGUCAAACCCUGCUUCAUGAACACGUGCAACACGUGCUUAGUAAUGGACACCUUGUUUAUACGGACACUUUCUGUGGCUCCCUCAGUGUCCAUACUAACAAAUUUUGACUGUACGUAAUGUUUGUAAAUUUUUGUUCAUUUUAUUGUUUCCAGAUCUUCAGAUGGUAAACAUUGGUCUUCGGGUGCUGGCUCGUCCACAGGCUACCAUGUUACCUGAAAUGUACAGAAAGCUUGGGUUGGACUUCGAUGAACGAGUUUUGCCUUCCAUUAUGAAUGAGGUACUUGCUUGAUUACCUUUGUACAAAAUUAAUGUACAUGUACAUUGUAUGCCCACAUAGUAACAAUUUAUAUUUUAUAUCAGUAAUCCGAAAAUUCUUUUAUGGAUUUUUGUUGUUGUUGUUGAUAUUAUUGUAAAUUCACUUAACUGUCGUGUAUUUUCUUUGAUUCACAUAUUCUUUUCAUUUGCUUUUCUGGCUGCAUAGCUACAUGUAGGGACCAUCACUGUAAUACACAUUAUAAUAUAAUACCUUUCAAAGCAUGAUGUGUAUCAAAAGUAAAAAAGGGAAGUGGUUGUUAAGGCUGAUUUACAUUGUACAACAAUUUCUUAAAUUAUAAUGUGUGCAUACAAAAACAUAUGUCACUUGAAAAAAUUUAUAUUCAUAAGGUAUAAUUUGGUGGUGCAUUAGUAAGAUGUACUACAUGACUGUCUAAAUUGACCAGGCCACAAAAAUAAUCUGACCAUCGGACCUUCAGUGUACUGUUAUGACUGUGUACAUGUCCAUCUGUAUGCGUUCUGUAAUUUUAGAGACGUGCAAGGAAUCCUUUUCUCAAAUUCUACUUUUAUCUUGUAAUUAAUAGUUAUGAGUUUAAGAUUUUUGUGACUCAUUGUACAUUCAAAAACACUAUCUGCAUGCGGAAUAGCUCUUUGCUUCUGUUGUAACAUUUAUUACGUACUCUUAGGUUUUGAAAAGUGUUGUGGCCCAGUUUAAUGCUUCACAACUGAUUACAAUGCGACAAGAGGUAAGCAUCUCAUAGAUCGGUCUCUCAAACAGUGCAAAUUAAAGUGGGAAUAUUAAUAGUGCAAGGGUCAUACGUGUACCUUCAGUUCCCCCGCUCUCAGCCUGCAUGGUGAUGAAGGCCCAGAAAAAUAAAUAAAUUAUUGUGAACACUUGUACAUUGGUUCAACCACAUACAUGUGGUAGGGGAGGGGAUGGGCAUCUGUAGUUUUGAAUAUUGCCAUGCAUGCGAAUUUGUCGUAAGACUUUUGUCUAUGAUUAUUGUACAAAGUUCUUGACAUGUGAGAAAGGGAAAGUCUAGCUUAGACACUGGAUACUAAAAAUAUGCUUCGUCUCUAAAGAUACAUGAACUACACCUGUGCUGUAAGUCUCCUUAUUGCUGUGGAGAUCUCUGCAGUGCUGUACUAGCCUCCUCCACAGCAACCCUCAUUCUCUCCCCAGAUGCCUGCUGAGGAGGCUGGUGCUGUAGUUAACUUACAUGCAGCAGAAAUUAAUAGUGGCAGUACAUGUAGAUUUCAUCAAAAUACAUGCACUGUUCUAUUAAUUUAAAGUUUUAUUAGCCAUAUUUUACAUACAUUAUUAUUUCNGUUAUGAGUUUAAGAUUUUUGUAACUCAUUGUACAUUCAAAAACACUAUCUGCAUGCGGAAUAGCUCUUUGCUUCUGUUGUAACAUUUAUUACGUACUCUUAGGUUUUGAAAAGUGUUGUGGCCCAGUUUAAUGCUUCACAACUGAUUACAAUGCGACAAGAGGUAAGCAUCUUAUAGAUCAGUCACUCAAACGGUGCAAAGUGGGAAUAAUAAUAGUGCAAGGGUCAUACCUCAGGGGCACCCAACGACAAUUUUUGGAAAAUAUCUGUUCGGAGCACAAUUUGAGAUCUAGAAUUUUCUAUACAUUUGUUGUUAAAUUUCUUGCUUGCAUGCCUCUCCUGGGGUUUUCGAACCUCCCAAAAAUGGUAUAAUUGCCCAUUUUUAACAGAUUUUUACCGUAAAAAGGUCACCUAGAAUUUUCGGGAACCUUUUUUCUGGCUGAAAUUUCCGAAUAGGUAAGUUUUGAUGCGUAUAAUUUUCGGAUCACUUGACUUUCAGCUAGGAAAUCUGAACAGAUGAAAAAUUUUUAGGGGAUAAAAAUAUGCCUAUAUCUACCGUUUAAAUACUAAAAUACGUUCAACAAUGCUAUGGUUAAGUGGUUUGAACUAUAUUCUCGUUGGGUGUCCCUGAUACGUGUGCCUUCAGUUGCACUCCUCACAGCCUGCAUAGUGAUGAAGGCCCAGGAAAAUAAAUAAAUUAUUGUGAACACCUGUACAUGGGUUCAACUUCAUAUAAUUGUGGUAGGGGAGGGGAUGGGCAUGUGUAGUUUUGAUUAUUGCCACCCAUGCAAAUUUGUCGUAAGACUUUUGUCUUUGAUCACUGUACAAAGUUCUUGAUAUGUGAGAAAGGGGAAGUCUGGCUCAGAAACUGGAUACUAAAAAUAUGCUUGGUCUCCAAAGAUGCAUAUGCUACACCUGUACUGUAAGUCUCCUUGUGCUGUGGAGAUCUCUGCAGUACUGUAGUAGCCUCCUCCACAGCAACCCUCAUUCUCUCCCCAGAUGCCUGCUGAGGAGGCUGGUGCUGUAGUUAACUUACAUGCAGUAGAAAUUAAUAGUGGCAGUACAUGUAGAUUUCAUCAAAAUACAUGCACUUUUCUAUUAAUUUAAAGUUCUAUUAGCCAUAUUUUACAUACAUUAUUAUUUCUCUUUCCUUUUACAAACUGUUUGUUUUGUUUUGUUUUGUUUUUUUAUGUAUGCUACUAUUUUUUGUUUAUUUAUUUUUAUUUGUUAUGAUUAUUAUUUUUUGUUUCAUUUUUCUGUAGGUUAGUCUUUUGAUCAGAAGGCAACUCACUGACCGAGCAAAGGAUUUUUAUGUUAUUCUGGAUGAUGUGUCAAUUGUAAGUUGCACAUUUUGCCAAAGUUAAAGUUGUUUAUUUUACACUGAUAGUACUUGAGAUUCUUAGAGUGUAUUUCUGUCAGAGAUUCAUUGGAUGUCACCAAUGGUGAAAGAGGCAAAAAAAUCCAAAAGUUGAUCAACAUUUAGUGUGAUAGAGUAAUGCCACAAAAGCAGCAGGAAUGUUACAGGCCUCAAAUUUUCACAGGAAACCAAAGAAAUCACAGUUCACGAUUCUUAAAAUAUCCACCUACAUAAAAUUAUAGAUUACCAGGGUAUUUCAAUGAAACCACUCAGAGGACAGAUUUGAAUCAGUUUUUUACAUGUAUUUGCCAGGUUCUUUGUAACAAAAGGCAUUGAAAUUCUUGGUCAGUUAUACUGUAAAUGAAACUUUUACAAGUGUAAUAAUACAAUUGUAACUGUUGUUUUAGAGUCAGAAAACAAUGGCCACACUUGUAAAUAACACUAAUUUGUAAAAGUUUUAUUAAACUGGCCCCUGUUUCUGGUCGGUUGGAUUUUAUAUUCCAGAUGUAUGUUUUUGAAACUAAAAACAAAGUUUUUUGUGGGAAAAAUUGUAAUUUGUAUGUAUGAUAAUGUUAUUCCAGACAGACCUAAGUUUUGGACGGGAGUACACUGCUGCCAUUGAAGCAAAACAAGUUGGUGAGUCAGCAACUACAGAUAGUAAUAAUAAUAUCAUUAUACUAGACUCGCCACAAGUUGACCUCAUGAGUUUUGAAGCGAGUGGAGCGAGGAUUUUAGGCCACGAAGCAGACAACGAGCGACAGGUCGUCCCAUGCCAUAUUAAAUCUAAAAAAGGACUUUUUUGAAAGUAUUAAUUAUUUUGAUAAGGAAACUCUUGAUUAAACUAUUGCUCGUGAAAAAUUAUAUUUCAUUUAUGGGCUGCCCUGGUUUAUUUUAACUUGUUUUUGAAAGCUGCCAGAGUACAUUAUUUUCCUACACUAUCUGCAUGCGGAAUAGCUCUUUGCUUCUGUUGUAACAUUUAUUACGUACUCUUAGGUUUUGAAAAGUGUUGUGGCCCAGUUUAAUGCUUCACAACUGAUUACAAUGCGACAAGAGGUAAGCAUCUCAUAGAUCGGUCUCUCAAACAGUGCAAAUUAAAGUGGGAAUAUUAAUAGUGCAAGGGUCAUACGUGUACCUUCAGUUCCCCCGCUCUCAGCCUGCAUGGUGAUGAAGGCCCAGAAAAAUAAAUAAAUUAUUGUGAACACUUGUACAUUGGUUCAACCACAUACAUGUGGUAGGGGAGGGGAUGGGCAUCUGUAGUUUUGAAUAUUGCCAUGCAUGCGAAUUUGUCGUAAGACUUUUGUCUAUGAUUAUUGUACAAAGUUCUUGACAUGUGAGAAAGGGAAAGUCUAGCUUAGACACUGGAUACUAAAAAUAUGCUUCGUCUCUAAAGAUACAUGAACUACACCUGUGCUGUAAGUCUCCUUAUUGCUGUGGAGAUCUCUGCAGUGCUGUACUAGCCUCCUCCACAGCAACCCUCAUUCUCUCCCCAGAUGCCUGCUGAGGAGGCUGGUGCUGUAGUUAACUUACAUGCAGCAGAAAUUAAUAGUGGCAGUACAUGUAGAUUUCAUCAAAAUACAUGCACUGUUCUAUUAAUUUAAAGUUUUAUUAGCCAUAUUUUACAUACAUUAUUAUUUCUCUUUCCUAUUACAAACUGUUUGUUUUGUUUUGUUUUUGUUUUGUUUUUUUAUGUAUGCUACUAUUUUUUAUUUAUUUAUUUAUUUUUAUUUGUUAUGAUUAUUAUUUUUUGUUUUAUGUUUCUGUAGGUCAGUCUGUUGAUCAGAAGGCAACUCACUGACCGAGCAAAGGAUUUUUAUGUUAUUCUGGAUGAUGUGUCAAUUGUAAGGUUUUUUCAAAGUUAAAGUCUUUCUUUUAUGCUGAUAGUGGUUGAGAUUCUUAGGGUGUAUUUCUGUCAGUGAUUCAUUGGAUGUCACCGCUGGUGAAAGAGGCAAAAAAAAUCCAAAAGUUGAUCAUUCAGUGUGAUAGAGUAAUGCCACAAAAGCAGCAGGAAUGUUACAGGCCUCAAAUUUUCACAGGAAACCAAAGAAAUCACAGUUCAUGAAUCUUAAAAAUAUCCACAUUUAUAGAUUAAUAUUACCAGGGUAUUUCAAUGAAACCACUCAGAGGACAGAUUGUAAUCAAUUUUUCAUGUAUUUGCCAGGUUCUUAGUAACAAAAGGCAUUGAAAUUCUGUGGUCAGUUACACUGUAAAAUGAAACUUUUACAAGUGUAAUAAUACAAGAUUAGUGUAACUGUUGUUUUAGAGUCAGAAAACAAUGGCCACACUUGUAAAUAACACUAAUUUGUAAACGUUUUAUUAAACUGGCCCCUGUUUCUGGUCAGUUGGAUUUUACAUUCCAGAUGUAUGUUUUUGAAACUAAAAACAAAGUCUUUUGUGGGAAAUUAUUGUAAUUAUUGUAAUUUGUAUGUAUGAUAAUGUUAUUCCAGACAGACUUGAGUUUUGGACGGGAGUACACUGCUGCCAUUGAAGCAAAACAAGUUGGUGAGUCAGCAACUACAGAUAGUAAUAAUAAUAUCAUCAUACUAGACUCGCCACAAGUUGACCUCAUGAGUUUUGAAGUGAGUGGAGCGAGGAUUUUAGGCCACGAAGCAGACGACAAGCGACAGGUCGUCCCAUGCCAUAUUAAAUCUAACAAAGGAUUUUUUUGAAAGUAUUAAUUAUUACUCUUGAUUAAACUAUUGCUCUUGAAAAAUUACAUUUCAUUUAUGGGCUGCCCUCGUUUAUUUUAACUUGUUUUUGAAAGCUGCCAGAGUACAUUAUUUUCCUCAUUAUUUUAAUAGUAAUUUUUAAUGCUUGACUAUCAACUAACUUAUGUUAAGCCUUUGUUUGGUUUAUGGUGUCUCUUUGUGCCAUUAGGUCUUAACCCCCUGUACCCCUCCCCCCUGCAAAAAAUGCACCUCCUUCCUAAUUUUUUCUCCUCCAGUAUUUCCAUUCCUCAGUGGAGAGAACUAUUCAUAAGCAAAUUUUAUAUUAAAGGUACAACUUAAUACUGAGUGCAAACUUCUUUGAUUUCUCUUAGCUCAACAAGAAGCACAGAGAGCCCAGUUUCAUGUGGAAAAGGCAAUUCAGGAAAGACAACAAAAAAUUGUGCAGGCUGAAGGAGAGGCAAAAGCAGCAACUUUGAUAUCCUUUUCACCAUUGAAAGGAAUGUUUUCUAUGCUCAUUAGUUUGGCGUGAUAGUUUCAUUGAUAUUGACAUUUUCAAUCGCACCACCAUAAUUAUCAAUAGCAAAAGACUGUUUUGGCAUGAUGAUUCUAUGAAAGGUGUAGAUGUGGAAGUCAAAUUUUGGGGUUGUCGUGUAGUGUAGUUGGUUGCUAUUUUUUUAGGGGCUGGUAAAGAUAAAAAUAGAGUGUCCAGGUUUUAGACCUCCAUGUGUUGGUAUCUCUCCUGUUUUGGUGUUCUCUUCUUUAGCGUCACUGUCACUGAGUAGCUGUUUAAAAAUUUUGGAAAAAAAAAAUGAUCAGUUUCUUUGAAUAAUUAUCAUUAAACUGAAAGUACAUGUACUGUGUAAGUUGUCGACAACUACUUGAACAUUUUUUAUCAUGUUCAAUCCUUGACAUUUUUUCACCUCGGUAAUGCUAUAAAGGGCAAUCCAGGAUACCUCAAACUCAGGAAGAUACGAGCUGCUCAGACAGUUUCCAAUACAGUAAGGCCACCUAUUUUAUUUAUUUUGAAAAGACUGCUGAGUUUUUUAUCAAGUUUAAAGAAGUUUUUUUGGAACAUGUGUGACUUUAAGUGUAGGAAGUUAACUUAACAUGGGGAAUGCAUGCAUGAACAAUAUUUUAUUUCUGCUUCUUUUUUUUUUUAUUCUAAAUGCUAUUCUACUUCAGAAGCAAUAGUGCAAGUCAUUUUGCAAAGUGUUGUUGCCGAAAGGAGUGUAAAAUAGUAUGCUCAACGUUGGCCAAAGAAGUAAAAAUCAUAAAUGACUCCAUGAUGUGAUUUACCCAACUGUGUGAUCAAAAGGGGGUUAAAGAAUGCCGAUUUAUUACAUAAAUCUUAGUCCUUGAAAACUGUGAUUUGUCCUUGAAAAAUCCUUUAAACUUGUUUGCCUGCAUGAAGUUGUAUGAACCCUCAACCAUGUAUUUGGUAAUAAUCCAGCACCUGAUUCAUGGAAUUUUCUUCCCAGAUUUCAAACUCACAAAAUAUGGUGUUCUUGGAUUCUGGAGCACUAAUGUUGAAUGUUCGGGAGGCUGAUGAUUUAGAAGAGUAAGUAAUGUUCUAUGGGAGUGUUUACAAAUGUUUAUGCAGGGAAGCUUUGCCCCAAGGUCCAACCCCUUACCCUUUUAUAUACCAUUUUUCAUGAAAAAGGUACCCCUUUGAUAUACCUUCUUUUGGCAAAUGGUACCCCUUUUACAUACCUUGUUUAGAAGUUUGCAUCCCUUUUAAUGGCUGUAAAUGCAGCAACUUUUACAUGGAAUUAAUCACAAAAUUAGAACAUUUUCUUGACUUAAUAAAGCCAUAGAAUUUAUCUGUUAGCCCUUGUAUGCCCUUUUACAGACCCAAAUGGCAGAUUCCCCUAGCCUUUUAUAUUCUUUAACAAGUGAAAUCCCUACCCCUUCAUAUACCUCAAGCCUGAAAAAGGUACCCCUUUCAGGCAGAGCCUCCCUGUAUAGUAGGACAUAAUGGGGAGUACCCCUCUCCCCACCCCCAGGUCAAAUCCUGACCCUGUUUAAAGGUGGCUGAACACAGUUGAUUGUAAACAAACCCUGCCUUUUGAAUUUAACACAACAUGUAGGAAUAUGCAAAAUCCAGUCUUUAGAUGUCCCUAUGAAUGUGUACACACCCCAAUAUCAUAAUGCGGUUUGAGUAUUAGUAACCUUGGGGUGCCUUUGCAUAGAUUUUACCCUUGACUCCUGGCAAUGUUUGCAUGAUUACCCUACAUAGCUGCUGGUGUUUGUAAUAGGCAUUAUUUUAUAGUGUGAAAUAGAGAAUCACUAUUAACACUUAGCUCUGUUGUUUUCUUUUGAAUUUUAGAACUUUAGGAUUGGAAACAAAAUCAAAGAAGAAGUGAUUUAUUUAGAAAGUUAGCUAACAUCUACAGCACAAUGAAAGUCAUCACGUACAUUCAAGAAACACAAGAUUACUCAACAUCUUGUUUCAUGAUCACGGACAAACUUAUGAUGGAGUUUGGAAGUGCAUGCAUGUCAGAUACUAAAAUAUUAGAAACUACACUGGAGUGGAGGAAUGCUUCAGUAAGAAAACAGCUUUUAUUAAUUACAAGAAACUGUGGCUUUCUUUUUGUCAACACUCAAUGUGCAAGGAACUGACAGCCAACUGUGUGCUGGGUGUUAAUUUAAAUCUUCAAAAUAAAUGCUGC